CAAGUUCUCUGUUUCCUAUUCCCUGUUUGUGCUCUGUUUCUCCUGCCAUAAACCUCCAAUUCUUCCUUCACCCCCUCUCUCGAGUACUUUAAAGCAAAUGUUUUUCUAUUCCAUUUCCCUCUUUUAGUUGAUCUCCCAAAGGAGGUUCCAACCUUAUUGUAAGGGGCUUUGAUCAAAGCUAUUAAGAUUGAUCAUCCCUGUAUUUCUCAAGCUACAAGUUGGUGAGUCUCUCCUGCUCCUUUACAAGUUUUACUCAAUCAGAAAAAUGCAUAUUUUGCAGCAGAGUGGAUUCAAGGAGAUAAACAGAAGAUGCGUAGAUUGUAACACAACCAGAACGCCUCUUUGGAGAGGUGGUCCAGCUGGUCCGAGGUCUCUUUGCAAUGCAUGUGGAAUCAGAUACAGAAAGAAAAAAAGGGCUCUUCUUGGUUUGAACAGAGAUAGUAGAUCAGAAAAGCGUAAAAGUAAAAAGGGAACCGAUGUUAGUCGAAGUGGUUUUAAGAUCCUCGGAAGAAAUAUGGGGCCGCAUCAUAUAGUGGGAAAACAGGAUUGGAGACGCAAGCUGAGAGAGGAAGAACAAGCUGCUUUUCUUCUGAUGGCUCUAUCUUGUGGCAAAGUCUAUGCUCAGCACCAGUUCGAAGGACUAAAAACAUGAUCAAAAUCAUGGUUCUUAUGUCACUUUAAAUUUCAGAAAAAGAAUAAAAAAAAAUAAAAAACAUUGUCAUUGCUUCGGAUGUAGAAUCAAUAGUUUCUGAGAGUGAAUACAAAA